AUGAAAUCAAUUUUCAUUACCCAAGAUAUAUGGGAAAUUAUUCAAGAUGGUUAUAAACAACCCAAAGAUGCCAAUGAAGAGGCUUCUUGGGAUGACACUAAAAAGUGUCAAUACAAGCAAAACAAAAGAAGGGAUCAUUAUGCCUUCUCUAUAAUAUAUCGUGGAGUAGAUGAGACGAUCCUACCAACAAUCAUGACCGCCACAACUGCAAAGGAGACAUGGAGCACUUUGGAGACAAAAUAUCGAGGCUCGGAAAAGGUAAUACUCUUCAAACUACAAUCUUUAUGGGGUCAAUUUGAUAGUAUGCAAAUGACCGAUAAUGAGUCAAUUCAAUCAUAUACCGACCGAGUCUCAAAUAUUGUUAACCAAAUUCGAUCCAAUGGAGACACCAUUGAAGAUGUUAAAAUAAUUCGAAAAAUAUUAAGAACUUUAACCAAAAAAUUUGAUCAUAUUGUGGCUGCUAUAGAAGAAUCUAAUAAAGAUUUAAGUUCACUCACCAUGACUGAAUUAAUGGGCUCUUUAUUAGCACAUGAAGAAAGAAUGCGUAAAUUUGAAGAGCAACCAAUUGAACAAGCUUUUCAGGCUAAAUUAAAAUUUUCUAAUAAUGGAAAAAAUAUAAAUGGCCACGGUAAUAAUUUUCAACCAAAAAAGGGAAAUUUUAACAACCGUGGUAGGGGGAGAGGAAAUCAUAAAAAUCAAGGGAGCCGAGAUAACAACUCUUAUUGCAUAUUAUGCAAGAAAAACAAUCAUAAUACAAGAGAUUGUCGGUACAAAUGCAAAAGAUGUACUCGACACUCUCAUUUUGAAAAAGAUUGUUAUUUCCGGCAAAAGGAAGAGGCUAAUUUCACAGAAAAUAAUGAUCAAUUAUUUUACACAUGUCUGAAUGCUCAAGAAGAGCAAACUGACACAUGUAACCAAGUAGUUGCCGGAAAAGGAACAAUUGUUGUUAAAACAAAAAACGGCUCCUCUAAAUUCAUCCCCGAUGUCUUUUAUGUCCCUGGGCUAGCACAAAAUUUGUUAAGUGUGGGUCAGUUAGUCCAAAAAGGUUAUAUGAGAAAUGGUGAUUGGGCUACACCAAUCACUAAUGAAAAGAAAAUUUGUGAGGGUUAUAUCUAUGGCAAAAUGCAUAGAUCACCAUUCCCAACCUCAUCAUGGAGGGCUAGAGCUCCAUUAGAGCUUGUCCAUGCUGAUAUAUGGGGUCCUACCAGGAAUCCGUCUCUUGGCGGAAAAAGAUACUUUCUGUUGAUUGUGGAUGAUUUUUCACGCAUGAUGUGGGUGUAUUUCUUGGAGAAAAAAUCAGAAGCAUUAUCCCACUUCAUGCAAUUUAAAGCCCUAACAGAAAAACAAAGUGGGCAUUCAAUAAAGGUUCUAAGAAUCGAUCGUGGGGGAGAAUUCACAAGCAAUGAAUUCAACAAAUUUUGUAAACAACACGGCAUCAAAAAGGAGCUCACAAUCAGACGCACACCACAACAAAAUGGUGUUGCAGAAAGGAGAAACAGGACAAUUGCUGAAAUGGCUCGGAGUAUGAUGCAAGGAAAAAAAUCUGCCUAA